AUGGAUAAGAGCGAAAGACAACAUGUAAUCGAAAUCAUCAGCGAGUAUUUCGAUUUAAAGUAUUUGGACAAGUAUGAGUACAUGUAUAAUAAAGGUUGUGAUCUUAGUUUUAUUGAUAAAGAUGGAAACUCUAUGCUUAGCAAAAUCGAAGGAAAUGUUGAUUAUUCAUAUGAUAUUUGUAAAAAAGCUAUUGAUUUAUUUGUCAAAGCUGGUUGUGAUGUCAAUCAUAGGGAUAAAUAUGGAAACACGCCAAUCAUUUCUUCUGCUAAAAAUUACAAGACUAAUGCUAAUUGUAUCACAAUUUUAUUGGAGUAUGGAGCAGAUCCAAAUGCCGAAAAUUUAGAUGGUUUCACUGCUUUGCAUCAAUGUCGAAAUAUAUACAAUUUAAAAAUUCUCAUUGAUAAUGGAGCUGAUCCGAAUAAAAAGUCAAAAAAAUGGAGUUACACCACUUUGUAG